AUGAAUGAUCCAUCUCAAAUCCCACGCAUCCUCGCAACACCGAGUAGCUUCGACUGGAGUUCCGUGAACUUCACCUACCCGCUUCCACUCGGUCCCAAGCUUCCUUCACCUUUCACCAAACGUCCUCGUAUUCAACACAACUUCACGCCCGACCCGAGCAAUGUACACGCCAUACAGGAGGAGAGACGAUUGGAGGUGAAGCGAGUGUUUGCAAAGAGCUGGGCAAGCUACAGGAGCAAGGCAUGGAUGAAGGAUGCGCUGAAGCCGAUAAGUGGACAGUAUGUCGACCAGUUCUCUGGAUGGGCUGCGACACUGGUAGACUCACUCGACACACUUUGGAUGCUAGGGAUGCGGACCGAAUUCUACGAAGCUGUCGAGGCUGUUGCGACCAUUGAUUUCGGUAUGUCUACGGCACCGACAGUCAACACCUUCGAGACGUGUAUACGCUACCUGGGCGGGCUUCUUGCUGCAUAUGACUUGAGUGGACAUGAGGUGCUGAAGGCGAAAGCGAUCGAGGUGGGCGACCUGCUAUAUGGCGCCUUCAACACGAAGAACGGCAUGCCUGUUGACUUUAUCAACUUCGAAAAUGCGAAGCAGGGCACUGGGUUGAUCGUCGAGAAUCAAGUGGUUAGCGCAAGUCCGGGUACCAUCACGCUGGAGUUCAGCAGGCUGAGCCAGAUCACGGGAAACGACAAGUACUAUGCUGCUGUGUCGAGUCUGAUGGAUGUGUUCGCCGAGAGUCAAAAGGAGACGAAACUGCCAGGCAUGUGGCCUAUGAUGGUGUCCAUGCGCGCCAAAGACGUUGUCUCGGGCUAUCAGUUCACAAUAGGUGGGAAUGCAGAUUCCUUGUAUGAGUAUCUACCAAAGGCGCAUGCCCUGCUUGGGUCUGCAGAGCUAAGCUCGAGCAAGUACGAGGCCAUGUCACGCUCCUUCAUGGAUACGGCGAUGAACAACUUGUUCUUCGCACCUAUGAUACCAGGGAACGAGGACAUUCUGAUCUCAGGCAACGUCGAUGUUCAUGAGGACGGUCCCAGUCUUGACCCCGAAAGCGAGCAUCUGUCGUGCUUCAUCGGUGGUCUUUUCGCGCUCGGUGGACGGCUGUUCGACAACGCAGAAUAUCUCGAAACCGGAGCGAAGCUUGCUCGCGGAUGUGCAUACGCCUACAAGUCUUUUCCCACUGGUAUCAUGCCAGAAAGGUAUAACAUGGUUCUAUGCCCCGGCCCUGAUCAUCGUAAAUCCUGCGCUUAUGACGAAGAGCGCUAUGCUGUAGAAGCAGCUGCACGACCGCAGUAUAAGUCCCACCUUCCUAAAGGUUUUACCACCGCUAAAGACCCUCGCUAUAUCCUUCGUCCCGAGGCCAUUGAAUCUGUCUUUAUACUAUGGCGCAUCACGGGCGAUCCCGUUUGGCGCGAGACUGCAUGGGAGAUGUUCGAAGCUGUAGCCAACGCAACGGACACAGAGCUUGCGAAUGCUGCGAUCAUGGACGUUUCUGUCAUUGGGUCAAAGAAAGAGGACUACAUGGAGAGUUUCUGGAUGGCAGAGACCCUGAAGUACUUUUACCUGUGCUUCGCCGAUACGGGCUUGGUUAGCUUGGAUGACUUUGUGUUGAAUACUGAAGCGCAUCCUUUCCGGUUAUCCAGGGGGUAG